UCAACCACUGCGGGAGGAUUAAAGAGCUCUCUCUGUCUCUGGGCAAAGGGGAGAGAGAGAGAGAGAAAAAAGCUUGUAGCAUCUGCAAAGGCUUGAACCUGCAUUAGUAAUAAAUUACAUGUUGCAUUGAAAAAAAAAUCCAGGGGAUCGAAAUUAAAACAAAAACAAUAACAUGGACAAUUCUGGCAAAGAGAAAGAAGCCAUGCAACUGAUGGCUGAUGCAGAGAAGAAGGUGAAAUCAUCGCAUUCCUUUCUUGGAGGUUUGUUUGGAGGAAACACAAGAGUAGAAGAGGCAUGUGAAAUGUUUGCCAGAGCUGCAAACAUGUUCAAGAUGGCUAAAAACUGGAGUGCUGCAGGGAAUGCAUUUUGCCAAGCAGCCAAGCUGCAUCUACAGUUACAAAGCAAACACGAUGCUGCCACCAGUUUUGUGGACGCUGGGAAUGCGUAUAAGAAGGCAGAUCCACAAGAGGCCAUCAACAGUUUAAAUGCUGCUAUUGACAUAUACACAGAUAUGGGGAGGUUUACAAUUGCAGCAAAACACCAUAUCACCAUUGCAGAGAUUUAUGAAUCGGAAUUGGUAGAUAUUGAGAAGGCUAUUGCUCACUAUGAACAAGCUGCAGAUUACUAUAAAGGAGAAGAAUCGAACAGUUCCGCUAACAAGUGUCUGUUGAAAGUAGCUGCCUACGCAGCUCAGCUAGAACAGUAUCAGAAGGCGAUAGAAAUCUAUGAGCAGGUUGGGACCAAUACCAUGGAUAAUCCACUGCUGAAAUAUAGUGCAAAGGAAUAUUUCUUCAAAGCAGCAUUGUGUCAUUUUAUUGUUGACGAGCUCAAUGCUAAGCUUGCUCUGGAGAAGUAUGAAGAAAUGUUUCCAGCAUUUUCCGAUUCACGAGAAUGCAAACUUUUAAAGAAAUUGCUCGAAGCUCAUGAGGAACAAAACGGCGAAGCUUACACUGAAGCAGUGAAGGAAUUUGAUUCUAUAUCACGACUGGACCAGUGGUUGACAACAAUGUUACUGCGCAUCAAAAAGUCCAUUCAUGGAGAAGGGGACCUCAAGUGAAAUAGCUUUGCAUACACUUGAGACAUUUUGCCAAUUGUGAUAUGCUAUUGUGCAUGCUGGGUUGUGGAUAUAUCUGUUUCAAUGUUAGUAAUUCAGUUUUGUUUCUUUUGUUUAAUAUGCCUGAUUAAUGUAUCAUUUAAAUAUAUUGUUUUCUCCAUUCUGCUCGUAAAUGCCCAAUUUGGGAACAGAUCCCAGCCAUAAGCAUCACAGCAUUUUAAAAGGCACGGUUAAGACGCAUCAACAUUUUUGCUUGACAGCCAUUCUGAAUGCUAGUGAAAUUUCCUCUUUUGUGCUUGUGAAAGUCUAUUGGGUGGUAACUAAAUGCUGCAGGAAAGGAAUAUGAAGAAACUUAGGUGGAGUACAAUUUCUGAAAAUUUUAUACUCCGCAGAAUCCUAAAGUUCAUGGCACUAGUUCACCAAAUGGCACAUAACUAACAUUAAAAAAAGACAUGUUGAUUUCAUAGGAUACAAAAUGUUCCAUUUGGAGAACUUAAUCUGCACUUUUCCUUCUGUAUUUAGAGCUGAUAAGUCACUUUAGUUGCUUUGAUUUUUAAUUUUGGAUGCCAGGAUUUAUAGAUGACUAUAACGAUACAAAGGAAAAGAUCAAUAUACCCUUUUCAUUUUGUAUUUUAGAAAAUGGUUUUCAUCGGUCAUAUAAAUUAGAGUUAUGAAUUUAAUGGUGUGUAAACUAGUGGCCUUUUAGAAUGGUUUAGGAAAGUAUUAAAACAGUUUAUUGCUAAAUGGUAGAUACUUCAUCUUAAGAUGAUUGAAGUAGGUUUUUAAAACUGGCUUUCUUUUAACCAUUUAUUCUAGUUACGUAUUUUAUUUUAAGCUUAGAAUGCUCAUGGACACAAUGGAAAAGGCUUGCAUCACACUGGUUAUGUAAUAUGGCAGCAGUCACUAGUUGUUUCUGUUUAUAAUGUGCAGCUGAAAAUGUGGAAACUUUUUCCAAUUUGCAAAAUGUCUAAAUGGGUUGUAACUACACAAAUAUUCUAUGUAAUGUUUUAUAAAGAAGAAAGCUUUUUGUAAAUCUAGAACUGAAUAUUUUGUGAAAAGCUUCCACAAUUUUUUUUCCACAUUUGAGUGCGUGCUUGCAUGUAUGUGUUUAUGUAUUUGUAACAACCUAAAGUAUAUCUUUGUCUAAUAGUAUGCUGCUUUUUGUUGUACAUGGUGCAGUUUUAGCCCGGGCACAUGUUCAGUUGUGAACAGUUUUUGUUGGAAACAAUUUUGCAAAACAUCUUGUAAGGUAAAACAUCCUAGAACAAAGGCUUGAUGUGGUCUCUGUGUGAAACAUCUAGCUAUGCUAUGGAAAAACACUGAUUAUGAUGCUAGGAUCUUAUUAUUCCACUGCAAAAAUCCAUGUAAAAGUUGAUUCCACAGAUCAAAUAUUAUCCCUGACAUAUGGAUUUCAUUGAGUAGUAUUAUUCUUUAAUACUUUAAAGACUGUAAAUAACUGGCAGUCUACCAGUGACAAGUGGUGAUAAUAAUCUAAUUGAAGGGUAACGAUAGGACCUCAGGGCAUGGAGGGAUAAGGAGAUUCAAAUCCAUUGUGUCCAACUCCUUAAGCUACACUUCACAAAUAAAUAUUCUGUUCUUGUAUGCAAUCUUCAGAAGCUGAGCACUUUAUAUGUAAGCAUGUGGAUGUUUUAUAAAAUAUCCUAAAGAAGCUGGUCAAUGAGCUGUUUCCCAAGGUUGUGAUAUACACAUCUUUAACAAAGACAUGACUGCAUUUAAUGUGUUUGUUUGCCAUGUUUGUGACAGUGUCAUUAAACAUAACCUUGAAUAAAAACCUUUAAUUCAUUGAGCUGUUUUAGGUCUUCAAACUUGGUUCUUCAGUGAAAACACAGAAUUGACUUAAUGAUCUACUUUGCAUGUGUUUCGUGUUUCAAAAUAUUUAGUUGUGUAAAAUGCAAAUAUUGUGUACUGACAAAUGAACUCAGUCCAGAUAUUGGUGUGUUUUCAGUUACAACAAUUUCUGUAUAUUCACUGUCUGCAAAAUAAAAACUGCAGGUCAGUCCAGCAGCAAGAGCUUUAUUGCCAAUGAGGACUUAUUGUCCUUUUUUCUUCAUUAC